CUCAAAAAAUAAAAUGAAUCGGCACACGAACACAAUUAUUAAUGUAUAAAAAUAUAAGUAAUGUACUUAACUAUUAACAUUAUAAAUACGGCAGUGUACCUGUAUAUAUCAUUCCUAAGUCCUUGGUGAAAUCAGCGGUCAGCGCUGUUUAGCACGGUCAUUGUGAUAUGAUGUAAUAUGACAAUGACAUCCGGUAACACAUAAUCGUAUCACUGAUAAUAACUGAUAUAAUAUGAUAUAAUUUAGAAGAUGUCCGUGCCCAGACAUCAAAACACCGGAGAAACCGAUGCAUACUUAAAUCGUUGCAUUACACUGUUCGUCGUCAAACUUCACAAUGACUCCAUUCGGUAUCGUACUAGUGGCUGCUGUGUUCUCUAUGCAGGUUAUGCAAGCCAUAACACAACCUAAAAAAUAUCGAUGUAAUUCGUUAAGACCGUUGCCUCAACCGGAAUCGGAACCAAUAUCGUCCUGGAUUUUAAAACUACCGCCAUCGGUUACAAAAUCAUCAUCUACAGCCUCAAAAUCUCCAGCUUUGGUUUCAAAAUCAUCGUCUUCAGUCAUCAACUCAUCAUCUUCAGUUCCAAAAUCACCGUCUUCAGUAUCGAAAUCACCAUCUUCAGUUUCAAAAUCAUCGUCUACAGCCACUAAGUCAUCAUCAACUGUUCAAAAAGUGACGUCUACAGUAACUAACUCAUCACGCUCAGCCAACAGAUUGCCACCAGACUCCUUUAGUUUAUUUAAGUUACCAUUAAAAUUAAUUUCUAGUUUACUGAUACCACUAAUACCACCAACAAUUAGACAAAACACAUCUUCGAUUAUUUCACCACUAUUUAGUUUUCAGAUGCCUUUAACAUUCUCAACGAUUCAUCAACCUAACUAUCUACCCUAUAAUACAAAUAACUCAACUGUUCCGUGUAACUCUUUACCCGGUAACACAAACAAUUUACCAAUUCCUUUUAACCCUUUACCUGGCAUCUCGAAUAAUUUACCUAUUUCUUUUAACUCUAUACCCGGUAAUACAAACAAUUUACCUAUUCCUUUUACCUCUACUAUACCUGGUAACACAAAUACCUUACCUACUCCUUGUAAUUCUCUACCUGGUAAUAAAAAUAACUCAACUAAUCCUUGUAACUCUGUAUCUGGUAGCACUAAUACCUUACCUAAUCCUAGUAACUAUCUACCUACUAACAUUAAUACCUUACCUAAUCCUUGUAACUCUAAAGCUGAAAAUGCAAAUAAUUCGAAUAAUGUUCUUUGUAACUCUCUUCUAGGAAAUUCACACAAAUUCAUUAUUUAUAAUUGGAUUUGUAACUAUUUGCUAAACAAAAUUCAAAAUGUAAGCAAUAUUCCACCAAUUGAACUUAUUCCCACGCCUAGCGAACCUAAUCAACUAGCGACGGACAAUUCUACAGUAACACCCAUACCGAGUGACUUUACUGUUACAUCAACUGUUUAUUCACCAACUGAAGAUACACCAAAUGAUAAUAAUACACCAAAUGAUAAUACGCCAAAUGAUAAUACACCAAAUGAUAACACAUCAAAUGACAAUAUACCAAUAUCCACACCACACUAUCCUAUUCCCCCAUGUAUGUUUACACCAAUUAAUAAGAUUCAUACACCUUGCCUACCACUAAUCCAUAUUCCAAAACCAAAACCAAAACCUUGUAGUGUACCAGUGACUUACUCGAAUUCGUAUAUACCAUUAAAGUAUUGUCCACCAAAUCAUGGAUCGUGUUCGCCAUCUUACGCUUAUUUUAAUUCAUUGUUUAAUCCUACAACUUACAAAUAUAAUACAGAUCAUACUUUAAAUCCGCAAGAAGAGAUCCUUUUAAAAAUAUUAAAAAGUGUGAUUUCAAAUCCGAAUUUAUGAUUACCUUCUACAAGUAAGUAGAAAUGAACUUAUAGAUUGACACUAAAUUUACAUUUUACAUUGUAUAUAGAUAUAUUAAAUAAAUAUAGCUUCUUGAUAUUAAAAAAAUAUGGUUUAUUAGGUAUAUAUUUCAAAUUUUUGGAGUAAAUCUUAUUUUAAUAAAUAUAUUAUAUUAUAUAACUAUAUAAAUAUAAUUUAUAUUAAUCAUCAUGGUUUUAUUAUUACUAAAAUAUGUUGAAUUUAAAAUCACAAAAAGGAAAUUUUAAAUCUAGUUAUAAUUUACAUGGGUACUCACAAAUAAUAGCUACAAUUGUUUAUUUUAUUAUUAUUAUUAGUCAUAAUCCUAGUUUUUUAAAUUUAUAUAUUACUCUUUUGUAUACAAUUGUUUUUGAGAUAUUUAAAACAUACAUAUGAAUAAUUAAUGUAUCAAACUAAAAUGAUUUUUAUUCAGAAAAAUCGUAUGAACGAUACACCAAUAUAUAGUAAGUUCUCCGAAA